AUGCAGGCAUCCCUGUGCACCCAGCUGAAGGCCGCGCAGGCGGCCGCGCCUGCGCAGGCUGUUGCUCGCCGCCCGCUCGCCGUGGCUGCUGCCCUGCCCGACAACCGCCAGCCCCUGCGCUCUGCCGGCUUGGCCGUGGCUGGAUGCCUGCUGGCCUCCCAGCUUCUGAUGGCGCCAGUCUCCCUGGCGGGCGAGCCUGGCUACAAGGGCGUGGUGCCCUCCACCGAGAAGGACCAGCCCGCGCCCUCCACGGCACCUCUGUCCGGCCCCUCCUCAGGCACCGACGCAAAGAACCCCUUUCAGAAGCGCGCUGCUAAGCAGGCAGCCGGGGACCUGGAGCAAGCAGACAGCGCCAAUGCCGCACGCAAGGGCACCUCCAAUGCCGGCAACCCUUUCAGCCAGGGGUCCGAGGUGCCUGAGAGCACCAGGGGCCAGCUGCUGGCCGAGCCGUUGAACGUGUGGCAGAAGAUCGGAAGGGCUUUUGGCAAGCAGAGCUGA